AUGUAUGCCACCGUCUCCGAUAGUGGUUCGAUGCGGCCACCCGACGACUCUCCACACCACGGCUGGCCGUCUUCGCCGCACCCAACGCCCUACGAAAUAUUCGGUCAAAAGAAGACCGCAGCUUAUAGCAAGGCCAAGUUCUACGAACUCGUCAAGGUCUACCAUCCAGAUCGGCAUCGCAUAUCCACGGGUCCGUUGGUUUCACAGACUGUGCGGCUGGAACGGUAUCGGUUGGUGGUCUCUGCCAACGAAAUCCUCAGUGAUCCUGUCAAGAGGCGGGCAUACGACCUGUAUGGCGCUGGAUGGGGUGGGAAGUUGAGCAUGGAUAACGCUCGUCGUGCGACGGACAAGUCGUGGCGUGAUGAGCCCGGAAACCCGAGCAUGAACGCCACAUGGGAAGACUGGGAAAGAUGGUACGGCGAGAGGGAAGGCGCGAAGAAGAAGCAGCACCCACUAUAUAUGUCCAACGAGCUCUUCGUUGGCGUUCUAUGCGCCUUUGUGCUCGUCGGCAGCCUGGGCCAAGCGCGGCGGGCAAGCACAAACACGAUGAACAUUGUCGAGAUGCGAGAGCAGAAGCACGCAGCCAUCAGCCAGGAUAUGAGAAACCGGCAGGGCCAACAGGCCGUCCUCAACAGGCACGAGAGAGUGGAGAGCUUCUUGCGGCAGCGGGACGGCUGGGACGUGGCAUCGUCGGUUAGCAGUCAACCUGCAUCAGCGUCUGCAGGCAAAUAA